UAUGAAUGAGGGAUAGUCCCCAUUGAGUAUAAAUGAAGACCAGCAAAGUGAAGGACAGUACCAGUAGGGCUUGCUCUUGCAAAACAGAGCUACCAGCCAGCCCCCAGGAGACAAACCAAAGCCCUACCAUGUCUACCUUGAUGCUGCUGUUCAGCUUGCUUUGCCUGACUGGCUCCAGCCUCAGUUCUGCCUCAGAGGACAACUGCAGCAAUUUCUCCAUCACAUUGCCCAACAUGCUCCGAGACCUUCGAGCAGCCUUCAGAAAUGUGAAGAUAUACUUUCAAACGAGAGACAAGCUAGAAACCAAAUUGAUAGACAAAUCUUUGCUGGAAGAAUUAAAGAGUUACCUGGGCUGCCAGGCCUUGUCAGAGAUGAUUCAGUUUUACCUGGAGGAAGUGAUGCCUCAGGCAGAGAAGAAUGAGCUGGACGUCAAAGAGAACGUGGGCUCCUUAGGAGAGAAACUGAAGGCACUGAGACUGAGACUCAAACGCUGUCACCGAUUCCUGCCUUGUGAAGACAGGAGCAAAGUUGUCAAGCAAGUCAAAAGCACCUAUCAGAAGCUCCAGGAACGAGGAGUCUAUAAAGCAAUGGGGGAUUUUGACAUAUUCAUCAACUACAUGGAGGAAUACUUGACGACGCAUAUCAGAAACUGAGAGAUCCCUCAAACCAGGAAAACCAAGAUGGUGCCUCUGUUAGAAACUAGAAGAGAAUGAGGCACCUCCACAUCUAGAUGCCAGGGUUCCACGUGAAAUGAGCCUGGUUUUGGAAACCCCAGUGAUGUCUCUUCCCCUCACCCGCUGGGCUAUUUAUUACCUUCACUCAAUACCUCAUCUAGCAUCUCUAUUUAUUUAUCAAACUUGUCUUUGAACUAUUUAGAAAGAAGAUAUCUUUUAUUUUUUAAACUAUUUAUUGUUUAUAUCUGUUACAUUGUAUCCAUAGGAUGACAUCCUGUGUAUUUUAAAAAACAGAUUAUAGGCUGUAUGUAUAUAUAUGUAUAUGUAUUUAUAUGCAUAUGUGUGUGUAUAUACAUAUUAUAUAUAUGUACAUGUAUUUAGAUUCUUUUUUGAGGACUAAUGGAUUCCACUUUCUCACCAGUCAAAUUUUGUCCUUUUUCUGGGUCCCUUUGCCUAGGAUUAUAGGAUUCUAGAAGCAGAGCUAGAACAGAGUUUAGGAGUUAUCUAAUCCAACCCCUUCAUUUUAUGGAGGAGGAAACCACGAUCCAAGAGGCUCAAGUAAUUUACCCACGGUCACAGAGUUAGUAAAUGGCAGAAUAAGAAUUUCAACCCAGAGCCUCUGACACCAAGUCCAGCAUGAGUUCCAUAGCACCAUGCAUCAGCCUCGUGGACCUGCUGUCAUCAUGACUUCUUUUUCCUCCUUCAGAAAGGGGAACUGACAAAUGCCUUGGGCAACUCUACCAAUAAUCUGAUUCAUGCUCAAGAGGGACUUUAGGGUUUUUUUUCCCUAAUUAUCUUGAAAUCCCAUCACACCACAGCUCCCUCUUAUCAUACCCCAUUCACGUCUGCUACAUGCUUCAUUCUUGGAGGACACAGACUGUUUUUUAUUUUGAAUGACCUGAUUUUGGUUCUAAUAGAACUCAGUUUUAAUUCUAAGAGCUAUAAAAUUCCUCUGGGAAUUGCAGGGUAUAAUUUUGUAUCAGAAUUUUAUUUUGUAAUAAAAAAGAAAGAACA